CGCCCUGGACGAGUGAGGCGGGGAGAGAAUGGUGAAGGAGACCGGUACAAAGACGGAUUUUCGGAGCCGGACGAAGCAUUAAAAAGUACCGAAGUUUUCACUUAUCCCAUUCACUUUGGUUACUAUCCUUCAGUUCUCCCCUCUCUCCCAAACUUCAUCGGUUUUUGACUGCAGCCAAACCAAUGAGGUCUCUUAAUAGCAAUUUACAAGCUAGUGGCUUAAUUUUUGUGGACAAGAUUUCAUCACCUGCAUAGAGAAAUAUCCGGAGAUGGACCCAGGGAUGGCACUCCUAUUCCAUCCAGUGCCUCUCAAGAAGGGGAUAACACUCCAUCAAAGCUGAUGCCAUAAAAAAUUGGGCACUUCUAGAAUCUUCAUAGAGAAAAGAAUCUCUCUCUCUCUCUCUCUCUCUCCCUCCCCCCCCCUCUCUCUCUCUCUCUCUCUGUUUAACAUUACAGAACUUUGGAAUUUAUGGAAUUUGUCAAUUCAGGAACAAGGGAUUAAUCUGGAGACAGAGCACUGUGGAUGUGUGUGCUUUGGGGCACAGUUGGGAAGGAAUGGCAGAAACAAUGUAGAGAUGUAUAUUGGUGUUCAUCCUUGACACCUGUUUUCAGCAUUGAAAUACAGUACAGACCUGGAAGAGAGAUUUUCUGCUCUGAUUUCAACCAUAAUUUGAGGGAGCUAAACCAUGGCUUGGCAUGAAUUCAGUGUGCUGAAUUGGCUCCGAGAGAGUCGGCAGUCCCGGAAAUUAAUCUUGAUGAUUGUCUUCAUUGCUCUGCUCUUGGACAACAUGCUGCUGACUGUAGUGGUGCCAAUAAUACCAAGUUAUUUGUAUAGCAUUAGACACCCCAAAAAUAUAACGGAUGUCCAAACUAUUAGACCAGAGACUCCUUUGGUCAACCCGAACAGAUUGCACAGCAUCUUUUCUUAUUAUGACAAUUCAACUAUAGUUACUGGAAAUAAUUCUGAAAGAGCAAGGCCAGAAGAUGAUUAUCAUGCUCAGACAGAGCAAACAGUGAUCAAUAUAACUACGACAACUCCAUCAGACUGUCCAAAGAAAGACAAAGAAUUGGUGAAUGAAAAUGUAGAAGUUGGUUUGCUUUUUGCUUCCAAAGCAACUGUCCAACUCCUUACUAACCCUUUUAUAGGACCAAUGACAAACAGGAUAGGCUAUCAGGUCCCCAUGUUUGCUGGUUUCUGCAUCAUGUUUAUUUCAACAAUAAUGUUUGCCUUUUCAGAAAGCUAUAAGUUACUCGUGAUUGCAAGAGCUCUCCAAGGUGUGGGUUCAUCUUGUUCUUCUGUAGCUGGGAUGGGUAUGCUAGCCAGUGUCUAUACCGAUGAUGAAGAAAGAGGCAAUGCAAUGGGGAUUGCCUUGGGAGGCUUGGCCUUGGGGGUAUUAGUGGGUCCACCUUUUGGAAGUGUAAUGUAUGAAUUUGUUGGGAAGGCAGCCCCCUUCUUGGUGUUAGCAGCCUUGGCUCUUUUUGAUGGAACAAUACAAUUGCUAGUUUUACAGCCGUCUAAGAUACAGCCAGAAAGUCAAAAAGGAGCAUCAUUACUGACCCUCUUGAGAGACCCAUACAUUCUUAUUGCUGCAGGAGCAAUAUGUUUUGCAAAUAUGGCAAUUGCGAUGCUGGAACCAGCUUUACCCAUUUGGAUGAUGGAGACAAUGUGUUCAAGCAAAUGGCAACUGGGCGUUGCUUUCAUUCCAGCCAGUAUCUCUUAUCUGAUUGGAACAAAUCUUUUUGGGGCCCUGGCACACAAAAUGGGAAGGUGGCUUUGUGCCCUAAUUGGGAUGAUAAUAGUGGGAAUAAGCGUUUUGUGUGUACCAUUUGCUAAAAACAUAUAUGGACUUAUAGUGCCGAAUUUUGGAGUUGGCUUUGCCAUUGGGAUGGUGGAUUCUUCAUUGAUGCCUAUUAUGGGUUACCUUGUUGAUCUGCGCCAUGUUUCCGUCUAUGGGAGCGUUUAUGCAAUUGCAGAUGUUGCAUUUUGCAUGGGUUUUGCUUUAGGUCCAUCUGUUGGUGGGGCUAUUGCAAAGUCAAUUGGAUUUCCAUGGCUCAUGACAAUUAUAGGAAUUAUUGAUAUCCUCUUUGCUCCCCUGUGUUUAUUUCUACGCAGUCCACCUGCCAAGGAAGAAAAGAUGGCAAUACUUAUGGAUCAAAACUGUCAUUUUAAAACCAAAAUGUAUACCCAGAACAGCAUACAGCCACAUCCAUUAGGUGGUGAUGAUGAUGAAGAAUUGGAGAGUGAUGAAUAAUAUUUAAAAGCUGGUAUUGGUAGUUCAAUGAUACAGUAGACUUUUCCUGUGAAACAUCUCAUCAGAAAGUUUUAAUUGUACUGCUCUUUUAAUUGUGAACUUGUAAAACAAAAUGAAACCAAAGGUAUAGUUAUUUAUUGCCCUUGAUCAAGAUUACCCACUGCCUUAUGAAAAAAGAUAUUAGAAGAUUCUGUUGUUAAAACUUGGUGUUUAACAUUAUGCAUUUUGUAAAUGUAUACAUCUCCAUCUAGAUCCAAUAUUAGUUCAAACAUUUCCCUUAAUAUUAUACAUUUUCAUUUAAUUCAUUGCAGCAAUGAGUGCCUGAAACUAGCAAUUAUAAAUUAUCAGAUUGUCUAUUUAAAAAUAUUUAUAUAAUACUUUGCACUUUUCAAGUUAACUUCACUUCAAACUAUUCUUACACUUAACCUAAUUCAGAAUGAUGUAGAGUGAAUGAAACUUUAUAUGGCUAAUGGAGAAUCAAUUUCAUUGCAAAUUAUGUGGCAUUUGGGAAAGAGAAGUUUGAUAUAAAGUAUUUUGCAUUGCUACUACCAUGUUUCCCCGAAAGUAAGACCCAAUCUUACUUACUUUGGGGCUCUGAAGUAAGCAUUAGGAUUUACUUUCAGGGAGGGCUUACUUUUUGCUGGUACCAGUAGGCCGCGGGCUUUGGGGCUCUGAAGUAAGCACUAGGAUUUACUUUCGGGGCGGGACUUAUACAUGGGGUGGAGAAGCAAUGUGGUGGUGAGAGUGUGGUAGCGGACGAGGUGUGGUACUGGUGUGGGUGGGCAGGGCUCGUGCCCUUCUUGUGCCAGGCCAGAUCCUGCAGGCCCGGAGUGUCCAUGCUGUGUGGUGGCAGGAUGGGCGCUGAGGUGGGGGUGGCCAGACCAACCAAAGCAGCAGAUGGAGCGCUGGAGGCUUGGGGAUGGAGAGUGGUGAAGCGGGAAGGCAUCCUGCUGUCAGCACCCAUGCCGGCUGCCCCUUCCCUGUAGAGCUGGAGAGCUUGCCACACCACCGCCCAGAAGCCCUUGCUUCCCCCAGGAACUGCA